CUUGUCCAGUCAAUAAAGCCGGUAUGCCCUCUCUCACUGACGCCAAACUUCAAGAGCUCUCUAGCCAGAUCGCAGUAGACGUUCUGACCAAGACUCAAGAUGUGGAUAACGUCGCGAAGCUCGAGGAAGUGUCUCGAUCAUUCGUAUCUGACACUCUGACGAUCCCGGCCCCUGAGAUGGUCGCGUAUGCGGCCCGCGCUUCUCUGGGUGAUGACGUAUACUUCGAGCCCUCCACUGCAGUUUUGGAGGCUCAUAUCGCCCAGCUGACUGGGAAGGAAGCUGGCUUGUUCCUCCCGACAGGAACAAUGUCCAACCAAAUUGCGCUUCGGACUCAUCUACUGCAACCACCCUACUCAGUCAUUUGCGAUGCUCGCUCACAUAUUUACCGGAUGGAAGGCGGCGGUAUGGCUUUCCAUUCGGGAGCCAAUAGCGUGGCAGUUGCUCCGUCCAAUGGUCACCACCUAACUCUGGAAGAUAUUGAGCCCGAAGCGAUUAUGGGCACAGACGUACAUAUUGCCCCAACGAGAGUCAUUGCUUUGGAGAACACAUUGAACGGGACAAUCAUUCCACAGGACGAAAUCGUCAGAAUUUCGAGUUGGGCACACCAGAAAGAUAUGAAGAUGCACCUUGAUGGUGCACGAAUUUGGCACGUCGCUGCUGAGACCGGACUGUCUCUGAAAGAAUUAUGUGGUCCAUUUGACUCUGCAAGUCUCUGCCUGAGCAAGGGUCUGGGCGCGCCCAUCGGAACAUGUCUUGUGGGCUCCAAACAGUUCAUCACGAAAGCACGGUGGUUCCGCAAGGUUUUCGGAGGCGGCAUGAGACAGACAGGCUAUCUCGCCGGGGCAGCUGCCUACGCACUCACCCAUAACUUCCCGUUGCUUCCGCGCGUACAUGCGCUAGCUAAACGGAUGCAACAAGGCUUGGAGGAGCUCGGCGUCGAUAUCCUCAGCCCGGCCGAAACUUGCAUGCUAUUUUAUGACCCAUAUCCCAUCGGGGUGGAGUACUGGGAAAUCGUCGAACGAGCCGCAGCGCUGCUUAAGCCCAUCAAGCUGACAGGUUCACGCUUGUUGUUGCACAUCCAGACGUCACCACAAGCCAUCGAAGACUUCCUAGAAUUAGUCAGAACGUUGAAAGAAGAGAAAGUGGCAGCAGGCUGGACUCUGGCCAAUGCAGGUCCUAGAAGGCGUCCUCCAAAUGUUUAUGUCAAGGCUGUCAGACCUUCGGCGUAGGGAGAACCACUUGAAAGAUGCGGCAAGAUAGAAGAUAGACGUCUGUAUAAUACAUAGGAGCGAGAUUUACCCUCUGCCAAUGUACCGCUGCUUUUCAUACUCCUUCCAUAAGUUCUUCAUCGUAAUUUUACCACUUGC